GCCAUCAACCCACUUUCUAUUUUUUUCACCCUCCCCACUUUCUGUCUCUCUCUCUCUUUCUUACACUUGCAGUAUUUCCUUCUCAAUUCCUACCCUAUAUAACAAACAUUCCCUAAUCCUCACCCUCUCCGCCCCUCCUUCGUACAGAAGACAUGGCUUCUUCGAAAUUCUCUGCUCUUCCAGUUUGUCUAUUCAUUUUACUAAUACGCCUCUCUAUCUCCGACGCCUCUUGUUUUGUCGGAAUAAACUACGGCAGGAUCGCCGACGAUCUCCCCUCUCCGGACAAGGUUGUUCAGUUGCUUAAGAAUCAGGGGAUCACUCGAGUCAAGCUAUAUGACACCGACUCCGCCGUUCUCGGAGCUCUUUCCGGGUCCGGCAUAGCCACCACUGUGGCGCUUCCAAACGAGCAGCUCUCCUCCGCCGCGGCUGGCCAGGCCUUCACUGACGCGUGGGUCCAGGCCCAUAUCAUUCCCUACAGGUCCAUCAUUGAAGCCGUAGCGGUGGGGAAUGAAGUGUUCGUCGACCCGGCGAACACCACCGCCUACCUCGUCCCGGCACUGCGGAACGUUUACGCGUCUCUGGAGAAAUACGGCGUCGCUUCGUCUGUGAAGGUCUCGUCCCCCAUCGCCCUCAGCGCGCUGCAGACGUCGUACCCGUCUUCAUCCGGCUCAUUCAAGCCGGAACUGGUCGAACCGGUGAUCAAGCCCAUGCUGAGCCUACUCAAACAGACCGGUUCGUUCCUGAUGGUGAACGCGUAUCCGUUUUUCGCCUACGAAGCCAACACGGACACCAUAUCGCUGGACUACGCUCUAUUCAGAAACAACACGGGCGGCGUCGUGGACCCCAACAAUGGGCUGGUGUACAAAAGCCUGCUGGAGGCCCAGCUGGACGCCGUGUUCUCCGCCAUGAACGCCGUCGGGUUCAGCGACGUGAAGGUGGUGGUCUCCGAGACGGGCUGGCCGUCGAAGGGCGACGAGAACGAGGCCGGCGCGAACGCUGCGAAUGCCGAGGCGUACAACGGCAAUCUGGUCAGGCGGGUGGGGACGUGCGGUGGGACCCCCUUGAGGCCCGACCAGCCUCUCAACGUCUACCUGUUCGCGCUGUUCAAUGAGAAUCAGAAGCCCGGGCCCAGCUCCGAGAGGAACUACGGGCUUUUCUAUCCAAACGAGCAGAAAGUGUAUCAGAUCUCGCUGGGCCUGACGAGCGGGCCCAUUAACAACGGGAGCAAAGCCCAGGUUUUCCCGCCGCGGGCGGGGCAGACGUGGUGCGUGGCCAGCGCGUACGCGGCGGAGGAGAAGCUCCGGGCGGCGCUGGACUACGCUUGCGGGGAGGGAGGGGCGGAUUGCCGUGCGAUUCAGCCGGGCGCCACGUGUUACAACCCGAACACUCUUGAUGCCCACGCUUCCUACGCCUUCAACAGCUACUACCAGAUGAACUCACGAUCCUCCGGCAGUUGCGAUUUCCGCGGUGCUGCCCACGUAGUCACUCAACCUCCUCCCAAAAUCGGAAGCUGCGAGUACCCAACACGGUAUUGACUUUAUAAUUGAAGAAAGAGGUGGCAGGUUUUUGAAGAAGAAGGAUAUAUAUAUAUAUAAUCAUUCAUAGUAUUUAGAAAUUGAUAUUUUCAAAUUAUUUUAUUUAUAGUCAAUAAUAAUGUAAUAUAUUUGUGGUUAUGCUGGUUAGAUUUGUUAGUUUGAUUCGUUCUUGACUAUUGUUUAAACCUGCUUGAUAUGGACUUGUGGAUUCAUAUAUUUCCCUUAUAUAGGCAUGCUUAGCUUUUGUUAAAGAUUCAUUCAUGUUUAUUCAUUAAAAUCAUAAUCAAAUCCUUACUUUUAGUUGUAUCAA